AUGAUCAAAGCGAUGAUAAUUAUGUUGACGAGUUGUUGGGUGUUUGAUUCAGAUCACGAGCUUCCAGACUUUGCAUCCGAGGCUGCCGGUGGAGCAGUUUUAGACACUCCAGACACAGAGUCGUAUCACAAGCCUGAUCAUCAGCAAAUAACUUUUUUUGGCAUUCCAAUUUGGGAGGCGGGCUAUUUUACACCUCGUAAAGUGAUUCAGCCAUGGACUCAAGCGGGAGAAUGCUGGGCGUUUCGAGGAUCAAACGGAAAAAUACUUUUGAAACUGGCACGUGCAGCAUACAUUGACAAAGUUACACUCGAGCACAUACCCGUAUCAGCGUCGUUAACUGGAUCGAUAAACUCAGCACCACGAGACUUUUCGGUUCAUCUAUCGCUUCAUUAUACGCCUUUCGAAAUGUAA